AGAGGUAAACAACAGUGUUCACUCUGGGGAAGCAGUGAGAUUAGUGGGGUUCUUUACAGAGCAUGGCUGAGAGAGGUAAUUACAUGAAUGUGGGUGCAGUUGGAAAUCCUCUACCCUGCAAGGAGGGCUUCCCGGUAAUGGCACAGAUAGAGCACCCCUUCCCUGUUCUUUCCCACUCUAGACUCUGGUUUCUCCAAAUACAGCAGAUGGUAGGAAGCAACUACAUAUUCAGGUAAAGUUCUCAUAAGGGGAUAUAAAAAGUCAGAAAACCCAGUAGGGACAAACCUUUUACAAGGGGAACAGCUGAACUCCCAAAAGUAAUGAUUGCUUGACUCAGAGGACAGUCACUCACAACAACCUACAUUCAUAGGUCUUGUGUGUUCUUCCAUAAUUGAACUAGAGUUAGAGUUAAAGAUGGCACCUACUAGGCUGCAGUUGUAGCAGCCCAGAUAAGAAGUGCUGGCUCUUCCUCAAGUCAGCUCCAGAUAGCACCAUGGAUAUACAUCUUCUGUGCCCCAUCCUAUGCCGCUUCAGGUAGGUAUGUGCAGGUGAUUUGUAGACUUUCUAUAUACAUAAUUAGGGUCAAAUAUUACCUUCACAGUAAAAUACUCGUGUGUUCUGUAUGAAUAUCCUAGAGUAGUGGAACUCUAUGGAGGAGUAGCCUUGACCUAUACACCCCACAUUAAGUUUUCUGAACAUUACAUUAGCAUUUCCUUAUGCAUUCCACUACCCUUGUCUACUUUGUAGAUCUCACUGGAUGGAGAUCAGGAAGAUCGAAGUGGGCUUUCUCAACAAUUUUGUACCUUGUCAUUCUGAAAGAAAGUCCAGAGCCCCUUGCCAGCCUAUUGUUGGGCUAGCUACAACCCAUAGCCCAUUAUUCCUGCUGUUUUCCCUACCUUAGUCGGAUGAACUAGCAUAGCAUGUCUCUGCCUGAGAACCUCAGGCUCCUGGUUGCUGUUCUCUCUACUGAAUUAUCUGCUAUGGGCUGAGACCAACUGCAUAUAACUUAAUAUAUGGCUGGAUCUCUGAAAAUACAGCACAUUUCUGUUAAGUCUUUGGUUUUUGAAACAGGCUGGCCUUGAACUCAAGAUCAACCUCCUCAGCUACCUGGGUUUCAAAUAAAUGCUUUAGUCAUCACACCCAGGUCUAACAAUCUUAAUGAACAUGGUCUUUUAAAAUACAAUUUUGAGGCAAAGACAAAACAUUAAAAGUUGUUCUCCACUGCUCUAUGACAUAUUCCUGUACCUGUUUCUUGAAGGAAUUAAGACUACCCAUCUGUCUCUGUCUACAAUUAAAUUUACUUAUUUGGAUUUUGGGGACAGGGUUUGGAAACUUAGUCCUGGAUGCCCCUUGGGCUCGAUCUGUAGACCAGGGGUGCCUCAAACACAGAGAUCCACUUGUAUCUGUCUGGGAUUAAAGAUGUGCACCACUACACCUAGCUAAACUGAAAUAUAUUGGCCUUCUAAAUCCUGGGGCUAGAAGAAUAAAUGGAAAUUCAUCUUAGCAUUUCUGGUUGGUUUUUUGUUUUAUAUCUAGUUCCGCGGGCUUCCCUGGGGAGUAAGUAACAUCUUUAACUGAAGACAUGAGCUUAAGGUGUGUAUAUCUGACUCUUGGCUGGUAGCCUGUAAAUUGAUUCUGCACACAACGCGUUGGGGCCUCAACUCCGGCCUUUUUGAGGCUAUUCCUCAGGGCACCCUCUAAGGAUAGUGAGAAUUGGUCUUAUCAAGGCCUCAUUGGCAGGAAGGUAGGGUACACAUUUGAACAGAACAGGCCUCCAUUCCAGCGUCAACCCUGCACUCUGCCUUCUAAGACCCCAAAUAAGCAGCCUGCACUUCUUGCUGAAGACCACUCAAAGUACAUGUGAGAUGCUUCUCCGCCAUCACGGGCUUCCACAGUCUUCGGUCCCAAGGGAAAUUAUGGUGACAUGCUUGUAAUCGCAACAUUCUGCGAGCUCAAGGAGGCAGAUCUCCAGCAUGAGGCCAGUUUGGGGGUAUAUAAUAAGACUCAAGAAGGGGAGAAGGUUAAAGAAAAGUCUUUAAAAAACUAUAAUUAUCGGCCUGACAUCUUCAAUCCCAGUGCUAGGCAGGCUUUCGUGUUAUCCGUCAGAAUGGCACAGGCUUUUUGCCGGACGUGUCCGUUGUAUUCCAGAGAAACAUCUCCAUUAACAAGAGGCAGAGUUACAGAGUAGAUUUCUGGACUUGGCCGCCGCGUUCACCCUCAGCCCCUACCAGUCAAGGACUCGGCCUCCUGCUCCGCUGGCCUCAGGAUGCACACGUCUCGGUGGCCCAGGAGCUGGCUCUCGCUCUCCAGCGGGCGGACCAGCGGCGAAGAAACAACUCAUGGCGGCGCGCCAGGCAGUGCGCCGCGUCCGACUCAGGACCCCGACGAAGCUGCCCGAGCCACUGCCGGGCUGCGCUCGUAUGAAUCAGGACCCCGGCUGCCUCCGAAGCCGCCUGAGGCUGGGGUCCUGGCGCGUUCUGGCCUUGGUCGUUGGGACACGGGAGGCUCCGCACUGCGCGCGCAGCGCGCCUGGUUUUCCCACGGCCGGGGAGGAGGCCUGAGGCAGGCGCGGCUCCGGCGGCCGGGCGAGCGGCCUACAGAGGGCCCCAGGCGGGCGCGGGCGGUGGCUGCGGCGGCCGCGCUCGAGGCGUCGGCGCCGGCGGUGGCGAUGCUGUGGCAGCGGUUGGCUGUGGUGGAGUGGGCGGCCCUGGCCUGGGAGCUCCUGGGCGCCUCGGUGCUGCUCAUCGCCGUGCGCUGGCUGGUCCGGCGCCUGGAGAAGCGGCCGCGGGACCCGAACCGCUGCGGGACACUCUCCUCUCUGCCUGGCGCGUCUGCAGCGGUGUCCGCUCAGCCCGGUGAAGUGAUGACAAUGGACGCUAUGUUGGCUCGACUGAAACUCUUGAAUCCAGAUGACCUCAGACAAGAAGUUAUGAAAGCUGGACUGAAAUGUGGGCCCAUUACAUCAACUACAAGAUUUAUUUUUGAGAAGAAAUUAGCGCAGGCCUUACUAGAACAAGGUGGACUGCUGACUUCCUCUCUUCCAAAGCACAGUGAGGUGACUGGCACGGCAUUUAUCCAUGGCACUUCAAGGACUCCUGCAUUUGUGGACAGGAAACAAACUCAGCAGGCCUGUUUAUCUGAAGACAGAGAUUUUGGUUAUAGUGUGGGCUUGAACCCUCCAGAAGAGGAAGCUGUAACAUCCAGUGUGCACCCCAUACCCUUUAGUGCCUCCACCAGGAAUGACAACCACAAGGCUGGAGUGACAACUGCUAAGGAGCCCCUUCUGUACUAUGGAGUGUGUCCAGUGUAUGAGGAUGGCCUUGUGAGACACGAAAGGAUCCAUGUUUACGAAGAUAAAAAGGAAGCCUUACAAGCUGUCAAAUUGAUCAAAGGGUCCCGGUUUAAAGCUUUUCCAACAAGAGAAGAUGCUGAGAAAUUUGCUAGAGGGAUAUGUGAUUACUUACCUUCUCCCAGCAAAAAUAUGUCCUUACUGUCUCCUGUAAAGGCAAUGCCCCUCUGCAGCAAUGAUGGGCCAAAAGCAGAUGGCUUGUGCCUGGCUGAAUCAGAAACAGUAAACAAAGAACGAGCAAACAGUUAUAAAAACCCCCGUACACAGGACCUUACUGCCAAGCUGCGGAAAGCUGUUGAAAGAGGGGAGGAACACACCUUUUCUGAUCUUAUCUGGAGUAAUCCUCGAUAUCUAAUUGGUUCUGGGGACAACCCAACCAUUGUGCAAGAAGGAUGUAGGUACAAUGUCAUGCAUGUUGCUGCCAAAGAGAAUCAGGCGUCUGUGUGCCAGCUGACAUUAGAGACUCUGGAGAACCCUGAAUUUAUGCGUCUUAUGUACCCAGAUGAUAACAUGGACAUGCUACAGAAACGUAUCCUCUACAUUGUCGACCUGUAUCUUAAUACUCCUGACAAAGUGGUUUAGUUCAUUGUCAUCAUGGUGGGAAGCAUGGUGGCAUGCAGUCAAACCUGGUGCUGGAGAGUAGCUGAGAGUUCUGCGUCUGGAUCCACAGGCAGAAGGAAGAAGAGAGAUACUGGAGCUGGCUUGAGUUACUUUUUUUUUUUUUUUUUUUUAAGAUUUAUUUAUUUAUUCUAUGUAUGUGAGUACACUGUGGCUGUCUUCAGACAUACCAGAAGAGGGCAUCAGAUCUCAUUACAGAUGGUUGUGAGCCACCAUGUGGUUGCUGGGAUUUGAACUCAGGACCUCUGGAAGAGCAGUCAGUGCUCUUAACCUCUGAGCCAUCUCUCCAGCCCUUGAGUUACUUUAAAACCCCAAAGGCCACCCCCAGUGAUACACUUCCUCUAAGAAGGCCACACCCUCUAAUAUUGCCACUCCCUCCAACCAAGCAUUCAAAUCUGUGAGUCCAUGGGGACCAUUCCUGUUCAAACCACCACAUUCCAUUUGGCUAUAAAGCAAAAAUUCAUUUAGUCCAACUUCAGCAGUCUUCAUAGUCUAUAAUCUCAGCACUGUUUCAAAAUUCAAAAUCUCUUUAGAGAUUUUUCUCAUGGCAGUCUCUUAACUCUAAUCCCUAUAAAUUAAAAGUCAAAAAGCAGGUCAUAUACUUCAACAUACAAUGGCAUAGAUAAACUUUACGAUUCCAAAAGGGAAAACUGGGAACAUAAUGAGGAAAUACUAAACUGAUAGGACCAAGAAAUCAGCAGCGCAAACUCCAAACUCUGUAUUUCCGUGUCUGAUAUCGAAGCAUUCUUCAGAUUUCUAACUCCACUCAACUUUAUUGACUGCAGCACUCUUGGGUUGCUUCUAUACUUGGUUUGCAGUUUUCCUUGGCAGGUAUCCCUUGGCUCUGGCUUCUCCAGCAUCUUGGGCUCUCCAAAGCAACCUAGGCUUUACCUCCACAGUUUCACGAAAUGACCUCUCUGGGCCUCCAUGCAGGGUCAUCCCUGACAUUGCAGCAGCUUAGCAGUGGAGGGAUGUAGGGUUAACUGGCACCUGUUGUAGGGUUAUUGGGAGGGCUCAGGGCCACUUGGGGAGGCAGGAAGCAGGAAGUUGACCGGGCUUACCCCUCACAGCCCACUGGGCGGGUGUCUGACUGUAGGGCAGCCAUGGGACACCGAUCAGGGGUGGGAAGCACAGUCUGGGGCACAGGACACAGCCAGAGCUGGCUCAGGGGUUCCCAGGCCUGCAAGGAGGCUGGACCUGUCAGGUUCUCAGGCUCAUGUGCAUCCAGGCCCUUCUGGGAUGCUUCGGAAGAGCUGAGAAUGGAGUGGGGGCUGCCAGGCUUGAUGUAGCCUGGGGCCAAGGGGGAAAGGGGAACUCCGGCUGGUCCAGUAGGGGAGGUGGCUGGGAGCGCAGGGAGGUCUUCUUUGGGAGAUUAGAUAGCAGCUCUGUAGGCGAUGGCCUUCUCUGUGGCUCCCCACAAUAGAUCUUGAUGAAAAGAGACAGUCCAUGCUUUUAAGACAUUUAUUGUCAUGGAGGAAACUGGAGUAAAACCGUACCCCACUUCUCAGAGUGGGCCUGAGAUUAGAUACCUUUUGCAGGGAGGAGUGUCUGGGAAGAAAAGUUCAUUGGCUAGGCCUGGAGCCUCCAGGCCUUUAGGUACCUCAUUAGCAUGGAGAUCUAUCUAGAAACUACUUUACCUGUGAUCUCAUCCUAUACCUGUGGAGGGGCUUGGGGUGUUGCCCUUAUGUAACACAAAUCUAUAGAGGGCUGCGGGCUAGUGACGGGCAUGGCUUCCUGGGAGUCAGGUGAAACGCCUACUGUCCUUUCAGAGUGACUAAGGUCUUAAACCUCCUCUACUGGGAACUAGGGUGCCUUUCAGGGUCCCACAGAGGGUUGAUUCCACAACCACUUUCUUAUGUCCUUGACUCUAAGACCAGAAGCAGGUGGCCAAAGCUGCCAGGUUCUUCUGCUUGCUGUGGCUGGAACAGGUCCUCAAAUACAUUUCCACCAGCUUUCAGGUUUUGUUUUGUUGCUUGUUUCAUUUUUGUUUUGUUUUGAUUUGGGUUUUUUGUUUUUGUUGUUUUGGUUUUUUCAAGACAGGUUUUCUCUGUGUAGCCUUGGCUAGCUUUCUGGUUUUGAUGUUUUCUUUCACUGACUAAGCUUGGCUAUUUUAGAAAUUGCCCUGUAGAUCAGGCUGGCCUCAAACUCGAGAUCAGCCUGCCUCAAACUCCUGAGUGCUGGUAUUAAAACUUUUAAUUCCUUUUCACAAGUUGGAAGUUUAGUUGGGUAGGUGACACCCUGAGGGUUACCACUCACUCCUUUUAUUCUAUUUAAGAUCAGACUUUCUGUUAAAUUGUUGAUUUAACUCUGAACUUAACUCUGAUACACUCUAGUGCUCCUUUUCUCCUCUGUAUUUUGUAUUUUUUCUUGCUCAGCUUGCUCCUUUUCUUUAUAGUUCUGCAUAAAAGUCACUAUCAAUAACAAUAGGUUGCCCUGAAAUCUCUUCUCCCAAGGUCAUUAAUCCAAGAGUCAUUUUACCCUCAGGCAGAUUUUUUUGGACAAGGGCAAAAAAGCAGCCUUCUAUGCCCCUAGUAGCAUGGCCCAUUAAGUCCCACUUAAAGUGUCCACUUGGUUUUCUAUUCCAGAGUUCCAAAGUGUUUCAUAUUCCUCCAAACAAAACAUGGACAGGGGUGUUGAUGGCGUACACCUUUAAUCCUAGUGCUGUGGAGGCAGAGGCAGGUAAAUCUCUGUAAAUUCAAGGUUAGCUUGGUCUACAAAGUUGAGUUCCAUAAAAGCCAGGGCUACACAGAGAAACCUGUCUCCAAAAAAAAAAAAAAGUCCGAUCUCCAGUCCUAUCACAGCAGUACUCAAGUCUUUGAUCUUAGUCAUUGUUCUGUUGCUGUGAAGAGACAUGGUGACCAUGGUAACUCUUACAAAGGAAGGCAUUUAAUUGGGACUUGUUUACAGUUCACAGGUUUUUAGUCCAUUGUCAUCAUGGCAGGGAAUGUGGCAGCAUCCAAGUAGACAUGGUGCUGGAGAAGUAGUAUAAGAAUUCUACAUGUGGGUCCACAGGCAACAGGAUGAGAGAGAGCUACUGGGUCUCACUGGAGCUUCUGAUAUCCCCAUAGCCCACCCCUAGUGACAGACUUCCUCCAACAAGGCCACACCUACUCCAACAUUGCCACACCUAGUAGUGCCACUCCCUAGUGACCAAGCAUUCAAAUCUAUGAGGGCCAUUGCUAUUCAAACUACCAGGUGGUCUGUCUCACUGUGUUUGCAGCUCAGCUUCCUUCAGUAUGAGAGGUACUCUUUGCUUUUAUUGUUUACUCUGGCAGGGAGGAACCUAAUAAAUAUGGUCAAUUUCAGGGACUUCCUGAAGCUAUUUUGAGUUAUUUUUCCUUCCUGUUAAAGAGCUUCACCGCAGGAUGGAAAAUUUGAAUUUCAGAGAAAACUUACAGAACAAGGAUGGCAGGGGCAUGUAGCUUAGUAGAUAGAGUGCCUGCCUAGUUGUCAAUUAGUCCUAAUUAGGUUGUCAGCAGCAUAGAAAACUAUGGUGGUAUAUGCCUUUCGUUCCAGUACUUGGGAGGUAGAGGCAAGAGGAGUAGAAGCUUACCCAAUGAGUUUAAGGCUACUCUGUGCUAUGUGAGACUACGUGUUAAAACAAACCAGCCAACCCCAUGGCUCAGCAGUUGAAAUCACUAUAUAUAUAUAUAUAUAAUAUUUAUAUAUUA